AUGCCCAUAACGGAUCUUUAUGAGUCCGUGGAAAUACUUCGGACGUAUUAUUAUAUACUCAUUCUUAUUUCCUUUGCGGGGCUCAAUCAACAGACAACAACGGAAGACUUCCACAAGCACACAGAUGAGGGCCCUACGCGAGAAGCCUUGGAGGCACACGUUGUGGGAGUGUAUGAGAGGGCUCUGAGGACACAGAAGCACGGGGACAACAAGCUCGCAUUGGAGCUCUACAACGAAGCGCUGAUGUCGAAGCAAAUGGUCGGGGUUGACCGCAAAGUGCUGCGGAAUAAGGACCCGCGAUCGCACACAAUGUUGUGGUUGAAGUAUCUGAUCAACAAGAACAUUGCGCAGCUGUGUACUACCGACGGGCUGUUCAGCCAUUCGUUGCAGUACUUCUUUGAGGCUACCAAGAUAGAAGACACGGAUCCCGUCGUAUGGCUCAACUUCUCGGACGCAGCCGCUCGUGCCGACGACAUAGGACUCGCCAUUAGCUGUGCACAAUCAGCGCUACGAGCUGAACAGCACUGCUGGCCUGCUAUCGAUCGACUGUGUGUCCUGUUAUUCACAGCUGGAGAUUACAACGGUUGCAAUGAGAUUAUCGCGUACGCUCUUGCGCUCGACCCCCUAUAUGCCCGAGGUCAGGAACUUGCCAAAGCCAUCAGCAGCGAUGAGACGCAGAGGAUUAAGCACUACUGGCUCAGAGAAGCACGCACAGCUGGGGAUGCGGCAACAGAACGAUCUGACGAGAUAGCCUCGGAAUUGCAAAUUGGUCCUGGAAGACCGAAUUUAGCAAGCCGGAUUUCGGGAUCAGCCAGAUCUGGAGCAUCACAUAAAAUGACCAACUCGCGCGUUAAUAGGAAAAGAAAAGGUCGAUCUACGUCUACGGUCGGUGGUGGCAUGAAGCGACGGCCCAAUCUGGCGGACAGGCUGCGCGAGAAGCGGUUGAAACGAGCCAAGCAGUACAUCGACAGCGCGCACACAUACAACACCAGCGUUCCUACCCAAACAAUAGUGCUGAACGAGGCCACGUGGGGUGGGGUGUGUGAUGCGCUGUUGAGUGCUCACCGAGCGGUUGUCAUGCCAACGGCCGAGCAGAGCCCCAGUAUGGGUGGUGCUGGCCAUGAACUGAAUGGCGAUACGAUGUGUGUCCAUCCCUUUCUGAGUGUGAAGUUCGAGUUGUCGCCGGCACUGAGUGCACUUCCGAAACCGCCGCCCGAGUUACAACCACCCAUCAGACCCAGUAACCUCGAUCUGACUGUGAACAAAGACUCUGCUGCUCCGGAGGCCAGGAGCUCUGAACCUAUAGCUGCACCUAGUAAGGAUGAACAGAAAGCAGAGAGAGAAAAGGAGAGAGCCAAAGAAGCCGCUCCAAAACCUAAGCGAUCGUCCCGGCUGGCAGCCGUGAAGGAGGCUGCACAAGAGGCUCCCAUUGCACAAUCCACCAAACUAGACAAUGAGAUCAUAUGGGAGGAUCUGCUGCCCACAUUCAUAGCAGACAGCCUCAAGGUGCUGCCGGGUCUAGCCGAUUUGACCCCAGGAAGCACUCGCAGUACCACACCACACGUGCACAGCUCUACCACUGGGAUGUCCAGUCGAAACGCGUCGUCCGUGGGCGUGUCAAAAGGUGUCACAGGGAGUGACACGCGUCAGCCGUCCAUCGCUCUCCCCUGGAAGGACGCAGAGAGUCAGAACGAACCAUAUAUGGGGUUUGGUGGGAAGCUAGAGGAAGUCAAGUCCCGUUUGCAGAGCGAAGUGCGCGUAACCGGUGAUCAGACAGACGCGAUCCCUUUAACUGGCGCGACGAGUAUGAAUAGUAUUGAACCAGGAUCUACAGUAGCUGUACGCACAGACGUGGGUGCAGAUGAGGGGAGUGGAACGGGUACACACAAAUCCAGGACUGAGCCAAGAAGCACUUUGGCUGCAGAUACAAAGGUGACGACAGAUGCACAGAAAGUUAAUAAUUCACAUUUAUCCGAGACCGAAACAACGACCGCCGCCGCUGUAAAAAUGGAAGCGCCCGCAGAAGGGCAGCGAACCGAAGAUCCACACGCAUCCCAGAGUGAUUCAAAGACCACAGUGGAUGGGAACACGGGGGUGACCACGGAAGGACAUGCAGCUAUUGAUACAAAGCAAAGCAUGCCUGAAUCAAGUACCACAAUGACUGAGGAAUCAACGGGGCUUGCCGAUAGGCCAACAGUUGCCGAUGUAAAGCAAACCACGGAUGAAUCAAGUAUCACAAUGACUGAGGAAUUAACGGGGCUUGCCGAUAGGCCAACCGUUGCCGAUGUAAAGCAAACCACGGAUGAAUCAAGUACCACAAUGACUGAGGAAUCAACGGGGCUUGCCGAUGUAAAGCAAACCAUGCCUGAAUCAAGUACCACAAUGACUGAGGAAUCAACGGGGCUUGCCGAUAGGCCAACAGUUGCCGAUGUAAAGCAAAUCACGGAUGAAUUGAGUCCCAAAUUGGCUUCGCAUACUGAAGUGACUGCUGAAGAGCACUCAGUUGCCGAUACGAAGCAUUCCUCAGUUGAACACAGUAUCACAGUGGCUGAGAUCGCAGGAGUGACUACGGAAGGGCAAGCGGUUAUUGAUACCAGGCAAGCCGUGGCUGAAGUAAGCACCACCGCAACUGUAGACACAGCGACACCUGCGGAUGGUAAAAGAGACACUGACGAGGAUCUACGCAUGGAUACUGAUGCGAAAUCACCCUUGGAUCCCGAUACAGACGCAUCCAUGGAUACACUCUCAUCUGUUGUGACAGCCGAAUCCCAGGAGUCACCACCGCCAUUAGUAUACGUUGAGGUAGCUAACCCGUUUAUGGAUUCGCCAGCUGCGUUUGACGCAAACAGUAGCGGAGAUACCUCCCCUGUAUUAGCCUCUCAUUCAGCCGACGAGGAUAGGGCCGUCCGGUACACAGACACUACCAGGAAUAGUAACCCCACGUUGGAGAAGGUGAGGUCCAUAGACACUGACUCAGGCAUGGACACUAAAAUGACCACCGACACAAACCCCUCUCUGAAGUGCGACGGAUAUAUAGUACAAACCAGCACUCCCGUAGGCGCUGCUACCAUCAACACAGACGUAGAGGUAGGGCCUGCCAAGGACUCCAACUGCAGCGACAAUACACACACGGCCACGGACACAGAGUCUCACAUAAAGGACGGCACGCCUUGCGCUCCCACCGUUGACACUAAUUUACCAACGGCCACAGACACACAUGCGACCGAGGCUUCUGAGCCUGUGGUGGACGUAGUUGAGAACGGUUCCGCUCUAACCAUUGAUGCAGACGCAGGCGAUGGUAUGGAGACCACCCCUGGUGUCAACAAGCCCGAGCAAGCACAUCAGGCUCUACAUACCACAGCCGAUGCACCGACAGAAAGUCAGGCUGAUGCGGAACUUGAGGUAGAGGGUGUAGGAGACGAAGCUGCUAUCAGCGCACAUGCCACUGGUCCUGUUGGUGUGGAUAAGAUCAACGACGGAGAGAUUGUUGGGGACGACAGCUUCAGCAGUGACACGGGGCUGAAUGAGAGUUUUGACAUGGGCAAUGAUUUGGGCAUGGAGAGCGCAUCCACGAAGGCAGGGGUUACAGAGGAAAAGGAAGCCACUGCUACAGAAGUGCAAAGCGAUGAGAAACCUAAGAUAGCUGUACAGCAGGACGACAGUACCAAGGCAUUACAAGCAACUAACGUCGAUACCACUAAAGAGGGGGCAAGCGGCUCAUCUAUGGUAUCGGAAGAGAAGGAGGAAGGAUUGCAGGUGGCAGGAAGCAGCACUGAUGCGCAGAAGGGCCUUGGCGAGGCGAACUCUGUAAGAGUGGCCGACGAAAGUGGUUCUGUUGGUAGUGCUAGUCAGGCACCUAAUGACAGCACGUUGGUGGGCGAAGGGAUAAGACUCGGCACUGAGACUGAAUCGAAUGCCCAGACGAUAGCGGAUACCAAGAAACGGUCAGAAGCGGGAGAGGCAUCCGAUACGGAAGAUGGUACGCCUGCAUCUAAGAAGACGAGAUUAGAUAGCGAAAUAGGAGACAGCAAGGUCAGCGAGAAGGAGACGACAUACGCACACGGGGUGAGCGUUGAUACUACUUACUCUGAUGCAAGUGUGAAGCCGCUUGGUGACGCUGGCGCACCAGAGGGAGAAAUAGGCACAUCCAUGGACAUAGACAUACGUAUGGAUACAAACAGCGACAACACACAGCCACGCAGGCCUCUGGCCACAUCCGAUGACCAUGGGCAUACCCAGACAGUUGCGGGUGGCCAAGGUGCAGCUGAGAAUCCCCCUAUUGCCGCGUCAGACGCCUUGGAUACCGCCGUGUCCCCAAAAGUAAAGACUUGUGGCAAAACAGUAGCAGAGAACACGUCAGCUGCGACUGUAGAAACCCCAAAUAGUGUCGAAGUCGUACAGGAAGUCGAGACGGAUCCCUUGGAUAUUGGCACGAUCGGUGCGGAGGGGCGAGCUGACAGUGCGACUGCGAGAGGCGAUAAUCUGAGUGGUUCAGGUAGUACGGAGAGCAAAGGGAGCAGCCAAAUGAAUACCAGAGGAUUGUACCAGCGUGCGCAUGAGCGAGAGGAUGAGGUGAUGGUGGGGACCGCAGAUGUGCCUGAGUCGCAUACCAGUAAGAUGAACACAGAGAAAAGCUCGGAUGUCGAGAAGUGUGAGAUGAAGACAAAGGAGGAGCGAGAUCCGGGAAUCGAGAUAGUGGAUAGUUAUCGAAAACCGAAGUCCCCGCGGGCAGAGCUGUGCACGCAUGAAUUCUUGGCGUAUCAGAACAAUGGAGAUUGGCUCACAACAUACCUCAGCACUGCAUUCGAGGCGCGUGGGAAUGUGGAUAGGAUUCGCUGUGAGGUGCUGGCACGGUGGGGCGAUACAUCUGCAUCGUAUGAGUUAGUGGGAGAAAAUGGUUCUUCAGCCACGUUAAACCAUUCGACCUCAUGUUGCACCCUUGGGCCACCCGAAGGGACCCCUGCUGCCCUUCUUCAGCGCCAGACCCCCUGGAGUUCGCUAUCCAACAGUGCCCGUGCUGCGCUACAAGCGAGAGUGAUCGGUUUGCACGAUAUCGUGAAGCAAUCGGAAGCGGCGCAGACAAGCGAUCAUGGCCACUACGUAGCACAGAAGGGAGCAUGA